CCGAAAUGCCCAUCCUCUUUAUUGAACCAAAGUCCAACAUUGAAAGUACUUUCAGCUUUGAAAACACGCUUCCGAUAACAAUCCCCAGAUUCUCGGAGAAGCUCACAACAAUGAGCGGAGCCUUGUUCAGAAACGCCGCCGCCCAGCUGAUACGGCGGAACGCGGCGGCAUCAGAUCCGUUUGGCAAAAGCGGAACAAGAUUGCAAUCGAGGCCUUAUUUCCGCUCGAAUCAGCCUCUCGGGAGACCAAAACAAUCAAGAAUCUCACCUCCUUCUUCCUCGGGUUUCUCUUCAUCGUCUUCCUCGUCUGUUGGUUUAGUGGGAUGGUAUCUUGGUAUGGUGAAAUCACGCCCCGUCCUCACCAAAGGAAUCACCUCUUCCCUUAUUUACAUCGCCGCCGAUUUGUCCUCUCAGACCAUUACGAAGGAGAAAUCUUCUUCAGAUUCUUAUGACCUGGUGAGGACAGCAAGGAUGGGAGCAUACGGUCUACUUAUCUUGGGCCCUGUCCAACACCAAUGGUUCGGUUUCAUGUCAAGACUCUUUCCCAAACAAGAUUUCAUCACAACGUUUAAGAAAAUGGCCAUGGGACAGACCGUCUACGGGCCUACCAUUAUGGUUAUUUUCUUAUCGUUCAACGCGUUACUACAGGGUGAAGGCGGUUCUGAUAUACUUGCCCGAUUGAAAAGGGACCUUCUUCCAGUUAUGUUAAACUGUGUCAUGUAUUGGCCUGUUUGUGAUUUUAUAACAUUCAAGUUCUUCCCCGUUCAUUUACAGCCUCUUGUAAGCAACUCAUUUUCGUAUGUGUGGUCCAUCUACAUGACUUACAUGGGAAAUCGUGAAAAACCAGCCGCAAUUUCAAGCUGAAACACUCGGAUAUCUUCUAACAUUGUGUUGCACAUUGCAUGUGAUUGAAAGAACCGAAUAAACCCCAGACACGUCCUAUUUGUAUUGUACUAUUAUUUUUGUUCCGUUCAAAGACGGGGCAACAUUCUUACUGUCAAAUCCACUUGGAUUUCCACCGUCUCUAUUUGACUCCAAAAUUGUUCUUUGCAUUCUACAAAAAGUGUAAAGAAGAAUUGUUGUAUGAGCUUAGAUGAUAUAUGUUAAAACA